UGUUAAGGUGGACAGCAUUGCUGUGAGCUAACAAUAAGACACUUUCAUAAGUAUCAGCCAUUUUAUCAGUUAAUUUCAUUUACAAAGGAAUUAACGGACAAUAAAUUUAUGUAACACGUAAAUGUGCGAAUUUUUUAUUCGUAUAUUUAAGUAUACGUAAAAAUAAUAUGUUUUUACGGAUGACAGAUAAAGUCAAAUUGUAAUAUAAAUAUUGAUAGAUGAAAAGUACAAGUGAAAUAUUUAUUAUAUAGAAAAUUGUAGAUUGAUGAUAUUAAAAAAUGGAUUCUAAAAGUUAUCAUAAGGUGUAUAAAGAAGUUGAUGAUAUUGAAUUGUCUACAUCCAACAACAAAGCAGAUGAAUUAAUACAAGAACUUGUUGAACCGUUGCUUGAUAAUGAAUGUGAUAUUGUUAAUAAAAAAAAUAUAUUUGAAGAAAAUGAGAAUAAAAAUUCUCAGUUAGAUACAUCAUUUUCUAUUUUUAAUUCUACAAUAUCAUCAGAGGCAACUACCUCUCAAGACAAUAUUCCAAGUUCAUCAAAUGAUACUGAAUCAAGUUCUCCAUCUAAUAAUCAAAAUAAGUGUAAAAGAAGUAUUUCAAAAGCUCAAGUGAAUGAUGAUAGUUUUAAUGAUAGCAAUAGUUCUAAUGAGGAAUCAAGUAAACAUCAAAAAUUAAAUGAAAAUAUGUGUAAUAAAUCAAAAUUUGAAAAUAAAAGUGUAGAUAAUACACAAUUAAUAAGGGAAUCUAAGGAUAAUUGUAGUGAAAGAACUACUGAAGAUGUUGAAAUGAGACCAGAAACUGAGGCAACUGCAGUUCCUAGAGAAAUAAAGAAUGAUGAAGAGGGGCUAGAAAUUGAUAGUGAUGCUACACGUUCUGAAGAAGAUGAAGAACAGAGAUUGAGACAAUUAGAGGAGUUUCUUUCAUCAAAUUAUUCAAAUUUUGGUACGGAACAAACAUCUAGUGAAGAAGAAUCAGAUACUCCUGCUUGUUUAAAAAAGAAAAAACCAAAACCAAAUUGGUUUGUGGUACCAGAACUCCUUCAUCGUGAAAUGGGCAUCAAUCCAUCAUUUCAACGUAGAUAUUAUGGCUCCUUACAUGUUGUAGAACAUUUUGAACUUAUGUAUAAACUUAAAGAACAUGAGGGUUGUGUUAAUUCUUUAAAUUUUAAUAAAAAAGGAAAUUUAUUGGCCAGUGGUUCUGAUGAUUUAGCUGUAGUUAUAUGGGACUGGGCAAUAGGAAAAAAACAUCAUUCUUUUGCUAGUGGUCAUAGGAGUAACAUGUUUCAAACCAAAUGGUUACCAUUUGAUGUAGAAAAUUUAAUGGCCACAUGUGCUCGUGAUGGACAAGUACGUUUAUUAGAUAUUAGACGUGGUGUUUCACGAAAACUAGCUACGCACAACGCGCCAACUCAUAAACUUGCACUUCAUCCGGAUACACCACAUGUAAUUGUGUCUGUUGGUGAAGAUGCAAAAGUUCUAUCUAUAGAUAUUAGAGAAGAAAAACCAACGAAGUUGCUAGUGGUAAAAGAUGGUUCCUCCCAUGUGCAAUUAUACAGUGUUCAUUGUAAUCCUCUUAAAAGCAACGAAUUUUGUGUCGGUGGUCGUUCUCAAUCGGUUAGAAUAUACGAUAGACGAAAUGUAUCUGCACCUGUACAUGAAUUAUGUCCUGAACAUUUGCGUUCGAAUAAAUACGUACAUGUAACUUGUGCUUUAUAUAACUAUGAUGGAACUGAAGUUCUUGCAUCUUAUAAUGACGAAGAUAUAUACUUAUUUGAUGCAGUGUUACCACAAACUGGAGAUUUUGCUCAUAAAUAUGAAGGUCAUAGGAAUAAUGCUACUGUAAAGGGAGUUAAUUUUUUUGGACCAAAGAGUGAAUUCGUUAUGUCUGGAUCAGAUUGUGGAAAUAUAUUCAUUUGGGAGAAGAAUUCUGAAGCAAUUGUAAAUUGGAUGCCUGGCGAUGAGCAAGGAGUGGUAAAUUGUUUAGAACCUCAUCCACAUAUUCCUAUUAUUGCCACAAGUGGACUUGAUUGUGAUGUAAAAAUAUGGGCUCCAUCUUGUGAAAACCCGCCUUCGCUUUCAAGAUUAGAAAGUUGUGUCACAGCUAAUGCAGUGAAUAGAGCACAAGAAACUACUACUGAAUCCGAUGCAUUUGAUAGGCGAAUGCUUUGGAUGUUAUUAAGACAUAUUCGUCAUACAGAAAGAGUAAGAAAUUUAAACGCACGUCGAGGUUCUAGUGAUCAAAACCAAGAUGAUGAUGACGACGACGACGAUGAUAUCCUUGAAGAUUCUUCUGAUCAUAGUGAUAGUCAAUCAGAGGGAGAUGAAAUUAUAAGAUUGCAAUGUCCUCCAUCUUAGAGGUAUUAAGACAGACUAUUUUAUGUUUUGUACAUUAAUUAUACAAUAAUUUAUACAAUGUCCUUGAAUGAUGUUAUUAAAAAUGGAUAAUUAUGAUAAAGAAA